UAAGACAUAGUAAAUAAUGGAAUUAGAGGCCAUUUAUGCAAAUGUUGAAUGUGGAGAUAUUAGGAACACAACUGGACCUCAAAUUCAGAGUCAAGGCCAGGAUGAAGGAAAAGAUCUAAAGCGCAGAGGAAGUAGAUGUUUGGUGUUGAUCACAGUGAGUCUCGGGCUCAUUUGUGUUCUUCUGCUGGUCUUCAUCAUACUGCAGCACAUCACCAUCACAGCAGAGAGAGACCUGAUAAAGAGUUACAAGAACACAGUUGAAGAGUUCAAUCAAACCAUCAACAGCUUACAGGACAAUUACACUGAUCUAAUGAUUGAAAAACACCAACUGCAGAACAACUUUAACUUUAUCAGCCAGAAGAAACUGGAUCUGGAGACCAGAGUCAAAGAUCUCACUGCCGAGAAAGACCAUGAGUUGAAGAGCUGGUCUGACAGCAGGCAGCACUGCAGGGAUCGUGGUGCUGAUCUGGUCAUUAUCAACAGUGAAGAGAAGCAGAGGUUCAUGUCUUCGUUCACCGCAGAGAGAGUGUGGAUUGGUUUGUCUGACAGAGAGCAGGAGGGAAACAUGAAAUGGGUGGAUAAUUCACCACUGAAUCGAGGGUAA